AUGCGAGGAGUCUCCUGUCCCUCCAAUGGGCUCGGGCUGUGCAAUAUGGAGGUGGAAGGAUCGUUUGAAACGCCGUCAGAAAAUCCUUCUUGCGGGGCGCAUCCGGAACUCACGCCAGUCAAGCCCGAGGCGAAACGAAUGCAGAACGUAAGAAAAAAGCAAUGCGAAGAUGUUCAUCUUUUCGAAAGAAAUGCUGAAAAGGGGGUCAAUAAUAAUCGAUUUAUUAGUGGGCGUGGACUGGCGGCUAGGAUGAGGCGUCGUCGAACCCACGAAGAGAGACAGAGCUUGCUUCGGCUCAAGCGAGUCGAAUCUAUAAGGGGUGGUCCCAAAUUAUGA